AUGUCUGUUGCAGCGUCUUCCCAGCGCCUCGAGUCUGAAUCCCCCAGUGUCAGUCCCCCUCAAUCGGCCCAGCCGUAUCAGUCCAUAUUCGGAGGAGAACCAAGCAGCCAGAAUGUUGACCAGGAGCCCUACACGCAGCCGGAUCCAGGAGGAGACGGGAUUUCGCAAGGAGAGGAGAACGAGAACCUCUUAGAAUAUGACGAGGAGCCACUGCUGCCAAUUCCAGACGACGAUUCUGAUGAUCCUACCUAUGAUGAAGGAGACGAUGGUGACGAUGGAUUCAGUGGUCCAGAUGCCAAAGGCAGAAGGAAAGGAAAAGAAGCUAUUCUCAGAGAUGACAACCUGGUCCAACUCCCUCCGUCGUCUCCCCCUCAGUAUCGGCAAAACAGGUACCAGGGACCGGGGUCGACGUGGCGGAAAUGGACGGAGCAAGAACGCCAGAUUGCGGACGGCCUAGAGGAGAUGAGGGCCAGAGACCUCUCUGCCCAUUUGUUCAACGCCUUCGCGCUGAAGCGGAGAGCGCGAGAGUUGAAGGAGAAAGCUUUGGAGGAUGGAGAGUACUGGGAAGAGAUUGCUGGCGUACGGGUGUCUACAGCACCAUUUGUACCGCCGAAAAUAUGGACUGCGUGGCCGAUGCCGGCGUCUGAGGUGCCUCGAGCGGAUGAACGGGCCUUGAUUGAUGAAGAUGAGGCCUGGACCUUGAAAGGACCGCCCGACCCGCGGCCGAGUGCAGACCUAGAGGAGUCUCUCAUGGCAAUCAUGAUGAAGACAGCAAAGGAACGGUUUUUGCAGAGGGAGUGGGCGCCAAAGGAGCGGAGAAGGAAGCAAAGCGCUCAGGAGGAUGACGGUGAAAGCACUGGCGAUGAUGCAGAGUGGAAGACCGAGCAAGGCUUGUCUGACGGGAUUGAACGCCGCCCAGUUGUCCAAGCCGACGACGACGUAUCCCGACAGCAGUUGCGGCCGUUGGUGCGGAAUAUUAUCACCCGUUUUGAUAGGCUUUUGAUGGGUCUGCACCACGCUCGCAAGGCAAGCAUUGCUCCGGACGAUAGCUCGACGACUGAGUCAGAUACGGAUACGGAGAGUGCUCUCUCUGCUCCCUCUCAUUCAUCGUCUACCAGGAAGAGACGAUUGACAAGUACGUCGGAGAGAAGCCGCUCCAGGGGGAGGAAGCGCGUUCGAACGACGUCUCCUGCUGAAUCGGCACUGGUGGAAUCUUCUGACGCACAUUGCAUUGAAGAAUCGGAAGACAACCCGUCUGAGAUGGAAUCUAUGUCGUCGUCAGCAUCCUCCAGUGCGUCUCCUCCUCCACCGCCCCGAGCGCGACGCAGUCGGUCCAUUCGCCGCUCCCGCAGUCGAACACGGGAUCCUAAAGCUGUAGCAAGGCUUGGACUGCGAGACUGGAGCGAUGUCUUGGGAAUCGCGUCGAUGAUCGACUGCCCGCAGUCGGCCGUCAUGCGAGCCGCCAAGCGAUGCGCCGACCUCUUUGGCGAGGAUAUGAUAUUCCGGACUCUGGAGGAGGGCCGCGUGCAGCAGGUCCAGAGCACGACCAAUGGCGACACCGUUUCAGAGUGGAGGUACAUCGAAGACCCAGACCAAGAGAAAGAGGACCAAGAAGCACAGCGAAAGCCUUCUGUCUCUCGGUCGCGCUCGCGUCCUCACUCUCGCCGCUCCUCCACCAGUCGAAAGCGCGAAGCGUCAGUCGCCACGGACGUAAUUGUCGCCAAGGAGGAAGAUAGCGGGCCGGGAGCAGCAGCAGCAGCAGCACCUCCACGCCGUCACAAAGGCAAAGGCAAAGGAAAACACAGGAAAGAAGAUAUCCUUUGCCCUGUUGUCGGAUGUCGCCGGCAUACGGAUGGGUUCACGCGAACGUGGAAUCUGACUCUGCACAUGAGGAGAGUGCAUCCGGGCUACGGUCCAUGCAUAUCCAAUAGAAGAAUAAUUGAUCUACAUAGUACUUCCAGCCAACUGAACUGUAUCGUCCUGUACUGUACCUCGGGAUCACUGUGCCAACAAAAUACCCAAGUAGGUAGCUACGGUACAAACACCUCAUACUCCGUACAGUCCUGA